AUGACCGAGUCCAUUAGUUCUAUCAUAGAGGAGGUAGACAAGCUCAACGACAACCACCAAGAUAAACAGGCAUACGACCGUCUAAAAAAGGCGAUCGAUGGUGGAAUGAAGGAAACUGAAUUGUAUUGGAGACUGGCGCGUGCAUGUCGUGGUGUGGCUUUGUUACCAGAAACCAAAGACCUACAGGAGCGAAAAGACUACUUCGAAGAAGGUAUGAGUGCUGCGAAAGCCGGAAUGGCAAUCAAUGAUAAUGAUCCAAAAUGCAAUUCUUGGUACGGUAUUUGUUUGAAUUAUCGAUCGAAAUCCGAGGGUGUUGAUCAACGGAUCAAAAAUUCCUAUAUCAUGCGCGAUCAUUGGCUGAAAGCCUUGAGAGCGGAACCGACAGAUUUUGCCACACUGCAUUCAAUGGAUUCCCCUCGAUUUUACGCUGAUAACGCCUUCCAUAUUGCCAAGUGUUAUGCAGCGCUAAAGCAGAAUGAAAAGGCAAAAAUAUACUAUCAGAAGGUGCUUGAUUGCCAGGAUAACGAUCAGGAGACAUUGGAGGCUAAAAGAGAAGCUGAGGUUCUCAUAAACAAACUGUGAUUUCUACUUACCACGAAAACCACUAUUGUUCUGUGAUGGUUUUUUUAGAAUAAAUUAAUUUUCCAUGUAACUGCAUGUUCAUUGUGAUUGGUUCGUGCGAGAGUGAAAUAGAGUGCUACCUGUGUAACGGUGAUACUACUGAUGUAGAGAGACGUGAGUAUUAUGUACUGUUCAUGGAAUUUCCCUUCGCGUCUCUUGAAAAGGGGGAUCUGUUGCGGAAUUUGUGGAGUCGCUUUGUAACAUCUGCUUGGAUUUGACCGAGGAAUGAUUGGAGUCAAUGAACAUCCAGGAAAGUUCAGGAAGACGCGUUCAAGAGAAGAUGGACGUCCAGUUUUGUAAAUAAGAUGCAAAUGAGGGUUUUGCUUCCCUGUCCAAUGGUCUGUAAC